AUGAAAAGACAAAAUGUUCGAACUCUUUCAUUGAUUGUAGUAACAUUCACUUAUUUGUUACUUGGAGCUGCUAUUUUUGAUGCUUUAGAAUCUGAAUUUGAAGUAAGUGAAGAUAUGCGUUUAAGAGAGAGUGCUGAAAGUUUACGAACUAAAUAUAAUAUAACAAUUGAUGAUUUCGAAAGGAUUACACAAUUAGGAAUACAAAUGAAACCAUAUAAAGCAGGUACACAAUGGAAAUUUGCUGGAGCAUUUUAUUUCUCUACAACAGUGAUAACUACUAUUGGUUAUGGUCAUAGUACACCGAAAACAUUUGGUGGAAAAAUAUUUUGUAUGUGUUAUGCCCUGCCUGGCAUACCAUUAUGUUUGAUUAUGUUUCAAAGUAUCGGUGAACGUAUGAAUACAAUUAUAACAUAUUUAUUGAAAAAAUCCAAUCUUAUGUGUAAAAUACACAAUUUUAUUUCACAAACACAUUUAAUGAUUGUUAGUUUUACUAUUGGUUCAAUUGUUUUGACAAUUGGUGCAAUGGUAUUUUCACGUUAUGAAGAUUGGGAUUAUUUAGAUUCAUUUUAUUAUUGUUUUAUUACAUUGACUACAAUCGGGUUUGGUGAUUUUGUUGCAUUACAACGUAAUAAUUCAUUGGCUAAACGUCCAGAUUAUGUAGCAUUUAGUUUAAUAUUUAUAUUAUUCGGUUUAACUGUAGUUAGUUCAGUGAUGAAUUUAUUAGUUUUACGAUUUUUAACAAUGAAUACAGAAGAUGAAAAACGUGAUCAGUUAGAAGCUGCAGUACAUGCACAAGAAUUACAACGUUUACGUGGUGAUGUAAUUUGUGCGGAUAAACAGAAUGGAUUACAAACAUCAGUAUUAUUACAAAAACAACAACACCAACUGCUACAAGGACAAGAGUAUCAGGGACAACUAUUGAAUAGUUAUACUAAUAAUAAUAAUAAUAAUAAUUUAGAUUUUCAACAGAAUAUCAAACCUACUCCUUUAUCCUUGUCAAAUUCAUAUCGACCGAUCAAAACAGAAUCAUCAAUCAGCGCUUCAAGAAUAACAACAUUAACAACGACAUCAGUGACAUCAACAACGAAUACUUCUUUAGUUAAUAAUCCGCAUACUAAUGAUACUGGGCAUUCAAAGCAUAGAAAUGUAAACAGAUUUAAUUUUUGUUUAAUUUGUUUGAAAAAAUUUCAUUCAUUCUCACCAUCAUUCACAUCAUCAUCAUCAUCAUCGUCAUCAACUCCAGGUGUAUUCAGUUCUUCAUUAAUGACAGCGAAAGAUAAUGUACAUGAAAAUAUGUCGAUUAAACCAAUUGAUACGACUAAAAUCACAACUGUUGAGACUGUGACAACGACGACAACAGCAACUACUGCCACUAUUAGUAACAAUAAUCAUGAUCAUACUUGUAGUAAUAAUAAUAAUAAUGAUAAUAAUAGUAAUCAUGACAAGAAUAAUUCAUUUUCGAUCAAUUCUUUAACUCAAUUUUACACUGAUCAGUCAACUACUAUAAAUCAUCCAUUUGUAAUUUCUUCAAGUUUAUAUCAAGAGAAUUGUUUAAGUGAAUUUUUAACUUCAUCUAAUUCACAUCAAUAUGAUUUAGCCUGUAGAAAUCAUUAUAUCUAUUCAGAUUGUAUAAAUCCAUGUCAUUAUCAUUCAUAUAAUUCUUUUCAAGAUUCUAAAUAUUUCCCGUCAAUGACACAACAAUAUGAUUGUAAAUGUACACAUGGAAAAUUGUCAGAUCAAGAAUACAUAGUGAGUAAUCGACAACGAGAAAUGACAAGGAAUGAAGUAUUUGAUAGUGAUAAUCUGUCUGAAAAUAAGAGUAAUUCAUCUAAUGAGAUUGAAUUAAUUCAACCUAAUUAUCAUCCAUUGUCUACUUUAAAACCAUACACUUAUGAUAUCACUUCACCGGAUCAUUUCAGUUUGCCUGGUCGAUAUAAUACUAGUAAUAAUAAUAAUAAUUGUGAGGUAGUAUCCACUCUAGUACAUUCUUCCUUAGUUGCUCAAGGUUCAAAAUCUCAUAAGCAUAUCGUUAAGAACGACUAUAUUCCACUGCCAAGACAGUCGUUGAACAGUCAACCACCAUUAUCAUCGGCAAAUGAAUCAAUGCAUCCAAUGUUAUAUUCAACACAUCAUUAUAUGGAUGUAUUCAAAUCUAAUCAUCACCCAUUAAUUAAUGAAUUUCCAUCAGAGUUUAUAAAUUUACAAACAUUUGAAAAUGAGAUAGGCACAAAUUCAACGCCUUAUUUUCACUACAAACGUUAUCCUAGAAUUCACCAGGAACAACAAGUACAAAUAAAUGAGCUGGAUGAUUAUGAUGAAGAAAAUGUUUUUGUUAAUGAUAGCAUAGAUGA